CGGGGAGAGCCAGAUAUAGUGAAUGCGGGGUACGGGGAGACCAGAUAUAGGGAAUGCAGGGUCCAGGGAGAGCGGAUAUAGUGAAUGCAGGGGUCCGGGGAGAGCGGAUAUAGUGAAUGCAGGGUCCGGGGAGAGCGGAAAUAGUGAAUGCGCAGUCCGGGGAGGGGCGGAUAUAGUGAAUGCGGGGUCCGGGGAGAGCGGAUAUAGUGAAUGCAGGGUCCGGGGAGAGCGGAUAUAGUGAAUGCAGGGGUCCGGGGAGAGCGGAUAUAGUGAAUGCGGGGUUCGGGGAAAGCCAGAUAUAGUGAAUGCAGGGUCCGGGGAGAGCGGAUAUAGUGAAUGCAGGGUCAGGGGGAGAGCAGAUAUAGUGAAUGCAGGGUCCGGGGAGAGCGGAUA